CCGGCAGGCAGAUGUCAGGAGAAAAAAAGGGGGUCAUUAUCCCCGAACUCCAGGCUUAUCCCAGGGUUCUGGAGCCACCCAACGGAGAUCUUAUUGGCGAUGGAAACAGGGGCUGAGUUGAGAUUCAGUCCGUGAACUCUGUCAGCGGAGUGCUAUUACUAGUCAUGGAGGUCCUUUUCUUUUCCUUUUCCUUCAUACUAUCGUCAUGUCAGCUUGUUGCCACUUGGGAGAGCAUGGGUUGAUAGCAUUAUUUCUCUUUUGAAGAUAUCCCUACCUACUAGUAUUCGUACUAUAGAGUUUUACUUCGAGCCUCUCGUUAAACACAUUGGAUUUUUGUAAAGAAAACAGUUACCCCUUUGAGCUUUCAUGGCGUCCGGAGCGACUGGAGGGUCACAGCUCUCGGCGUUUUGUGCCGUAGCUUCCUUCCUUUGGCUUGGUCAUAGUAUAGAAAGUCACCAGUUAAUUGAACAACCACGAGUCUCAUCUAUAUUAGUCCUGUUGACAGCCGGGGCUUUCUCUUAUGCUGCCAGUCACUUUUGGCAAUGGCUUCCAGGUUCCAACGGGAGGUUCGAUGACGAGGGGGGUUCCUUGAGACCUGCUCCUGCCAGCCUACCAAAAAGACCACGACGAUACUUUCUCCCAGUUCUCAUAGCAGCCAUCAUUUUUAGACUCGAACUGUUCCAUCGGGUAACGGCGGGCUUGCAGUGUUCGUCUCCAGGCGUGGAGGCCUUUCUUCCUUUGGUAAUCCUCUUCUAUGAGCUCUUACCAGGUCGACGAGCUCGUGUGGGUUCGACCAAGGAGCCCGAGGAGGAAAAUGACCCGGGACGAACAACAUGGGAUGAUGUUGCGGACUGGGUCGCCGAGUCUAAACAGUCCCUCACGAUUUCCACCUUUUUCAUCUCCUUGGGCGCCUAUCUCGCCUCUUCACAGGACAUGAGGUCGACUUACAUCUGUACCAGCUUCGACAAUAGCACCCUUGUCCGUUCUCUUCAAUGGCUCGGUCUCUUCUUGGACGGCGUCAUUGUGAUCCUACUAUGGCGUGUCCUCGCUUGGGCCAGGACAAACAAGAGCCGUCUGAUAUCUCUGAGUGUGGUGUUUCUGGCCUCUGCAGUCGGCAGCGGUUUCCUGUACACUUCGCUCCGCAUGUUUCUGCCUUCUGUGCCGUUAAGCCAUCACUUCAAGGGUAUUGAUGCCUUGUAUGUCUUUGACGUCGUUACGGAUGGCUUUGCCGUUGCUGUCCUGUUCGUUUCUGCAAGCCUUCUGACCACCGAGAAGACACCGCUGUCUCUUGUGGGCAUCUUCACCUUCAUCUCCGGUCUCGUUGUUGGAUGGGGCAAGCUGAAACUCACCGGAGGCGCUGAGAACACCAUGCACGGCGUUGCAUACCUCGCCAUAGUCCUCAUAUGCUUGGGUACAUCGAUCUUUGUUUACGCCAACAACAUACAAAGAGUGGUGCUCAUCCACCGUACCAUCCUGGUUGCGCUUAUGUUCAUCUCGCUCAUCGCUGCCACCAUCGUCGCCUUUUCCAACAACAGGAAUGACUACUUAUUCGAACAUCCCAUCGAGACAAUGAUCUUCAAGGCCCGAACCAAUUACGACAGGUACUUGACUCAUGCCGCAGCCAGCAAAUUUCUCCCAGUUGCCGUUAAUGAGUACAAAGCUCGCUACGGAGGGAGAGAUCCGCCACCAGGGUUUGAUGAAUGGUACAAGUACGCCGUGGAUCACAAAUCACCCAUCAUCGACGACUUCGACCAGGUGGUCCAUGAUAUCCGUCCGUUCUGGGGAAUCUCGCCCAGCAAAAUCAGAGAGGACAUUCGGCGGGUGGCCAAGGAACCAGGCAUCGCAUUGCUCAAAGUCGCCAAUGGCACAGCUUCGCACAGCCUAUCCAGAGAUUCCGAACACGCAAUGGUCAUGGAUGAGUUGGUCAAGAUGGCCAACAAGUUUGCACAACACCUUCCCGACAUGGAUCUCCCCAUCAACCUGGAUGAUAGGCCACGAGUACUCACCCCCUGGGAGGACGUGAGGAGAUUCACCGAGAAGGCAAAGAAAAAGGGGUUCGGCAAGUUCCUCACCAAGCGUGAAGAAGAAGAAGAACCAACGUCUCAGCCCCUCGACCUUCUCCAACCCUCCUCAUCCAUCUCCGUCCGCAAAUUCCAAGAAAUGACCGCCCUCACCUGCCCGCCCGGCACCGCCACCCGCGCCGGCAUCCACUGGGACGUCCGGGACUUUUGCCUCUCGUGCGUGCGCCCCCAUUCCAAGGGGACCGGCAUCUUCCUCAGCGACUUUGCCGUCUCGCAAUCCAUCUGCCACCAAUCCGACCUCUUCCACCUGCACAGCUUCUUCUUCACCUCGCCCGCCGUCCCCCCGCUGCGCGACCUGGUCCCCGUCUUCAGCCGGUCCAAGACCUCCAGCUACAGCGACAUCCUCAUCCCCAUCCCCACUCUGGACGAAGUCCUCAACAAGGCCAACACCCAGCCCGACACCAGCGACUUCGACCUCAAGACGCCCGCCCUCUACUGGCGCGGGGCUCAAGCACCGCAAGUGACAGACGAGCUCCUCCACGGCGGCCACCAGGAGCGUCUCGUCCAUUUGGUCUCCGACAACUCUUCUUCUUCUGAGACGCUCAUGCUCAUCCCCCAAAACGAAGUCCGCUCCCGCGCCGCCUACGAACGCGUCCCCACCUCUUUACUCAACUUCCUUUUGCCGUUCGACAUUGGCUUUUCCUCCGUUUCCUCUUCCUCUUCUGAAGAUUCCCCCAACGAAUUCACAACCAGGGGCAGCACCCUCCCCCCCUCUCCCAACCCCCUACAAAACCAAUACCUCCUAAGUCUCGACCCUUCCCCUGGCUCCUCCUCCUCCUCCGGUUCCAUCCCCUUCACCACCGCCCUAAAAAGCACCGCCGUCCCCCUCUCCUCCACCCUUUUUGUCUCUUGGUACACCACCCGCCUCCAACCCUACCUGCACUUCAUCCCGCUCGACAUCCGCUUCCACUCUCUCCACGCCACCCUCGCCUAUUUUACGGGACUAAAGGGCAAAGCUUCGGCCGCCGAUCGGUUGGGAAACACAAAGGGGGCGAUGAUUAAUGGACGCGAAGUCAGACUGAAAAGUAGGACGGAGGAGGCCAAGUGGAUCGCGGAGCAAGGGGCGAAGUGGGCGGGGAGCGCGUUGAGGAGGGAGGAUGAGGAGGUUUAUUUGUUUAGGGUACUGGUGGAGUGGGGAAGGGUUGUGCGGGAGGAUAGGGAUGAGGCGAAAUAUGUGGCUGGGGCGAAGGAGGCAAAGGAGGUGAAAGGGUGAUUGUGUUGGUGUUGGUGUAGUGACGGAGAGUUGAUGAGCGGGGUGUUGGGAGGGAAGGGAAGUUUGUUGAUGAGGAACUGGUGAUUAGAUAUAGAAGUUGGAAUGUUUUUGUAUAAAAGAUAGAUGAAAAGUUGAGUUGGAAAAAAAUUGGAUAGUGGCUCAAAGCAUAUCAUGAACAAGAAG